AUGGCUAGUGAUGCGCCAGAAAAGACAGCAGAGCAGACCCCUCCUGCGCCAGAGGUUCCUUCUGAGGAAGCGCCUCCAGCACAAACAGUCCCUGAGUCGCGAUUGCCGACCCGCAAGGAUGUCUCCCUCCGAGAGUUCUUGAACAAGAUGGACGACUAUGCACCUAUUAUUCCUGAUGCAGUCACCAACUACUACAUGACCAAAGCUGGUCUUCCACCACCUCCACAGACUGAUCCCCGUCUCGCACGACUACUCGCCCUCGCGACACAGAAGUUCAUUGCAGACAUUGCCGCAGACGCUUACCAGUAUAGCCGGAUCCGCGCAUCAUCCAACACCAAUAAUCCCAUGGGCUCUCUUGGUGCCGCUGCUGGAUUCCCCAUUCCUGGACAACAAACGGGUCAGCCUGGAAGUAAGGACCAGACCAAAGGCGCGCCCCUCGGCAUUCAGCGACCCGGCUACGGCGGUGGUGGCCAAGGCGGCAGCCAGAACAGAACCGUCCUGACUAUGGAAGAUCUCGGCAUGGCUGUUGGAGAGUACGGCGUUAAUGUCAAGCGAAGCGAAUUCUAUCGCUAG